AUGGUUCAUCUCUUUCGCCGACUCCUUGCCCGCACCUUGCCUGGGGAGCUCCUAACUUGCGCAUCCACGCUCGUCCUUGCAAACCUCUCGACGCCUACAAACUCCCCAAUGCUCGACCAAUGCACUUCGUUCGUUCAGCUUUGUACGGAGGUGUAUGAAGAGUACGACACACUGGACGAAGCUCUCCUCCUGCCUCCUUGGGGGUACGCUCCCCACCCGAAACCCAUUCACCCUCCUCGUACACCCCUCAAUACCAAGAUGAAGCACGUCGCUGUCAGCUUGAACAGUACUACUGUCCCCGUUGACAGCCCCGCACAACCCAGCAACUCUCUUAGCGGGACAACAGUUAGUCCCAGCAAACGUUUCCAAUGCUACGCAACCCGCUGCGAAGCGCCAAGCUGUCCAGCUCACGGAACGUCCGCCUCCUAUCUUUCCCUCUCCGGAACCAGCAGCUCCAGCCUCAGUUUUUCCUCUGCCCCCUCCUCCUCCUCACUCCCGGCAUAUGACCCACCCAAAGCGGUCGUCCUCCCUAGCACGAUGCUCUCCGGCUUAGCACCUAUCGCUUCCCCGUCGGACGAUAAGGCGUCUUUCGUACGCCCACUCACGCUCGACCUGGCGCACGAGCUUCCAUUCACGGUAGAAUGUGCGAUCAGAGGACUAUGUUUGUUCGGCGAGGGGAGGAUGUUGGAUAUCUUCCCCUUCAAGGAAUAA